UUUAUUACGGCAUUACGACGAUAAUUGGCUGUCGCCAAUUAUUUAUUUAAUCGAAGCGAUCUAUUACGACGUUUUUUUGUUGGGUGAUCGCUGGUUGACGUGUGCAAGUGACGAACAAAAUCACCCCGUAUCUUUGCCGAGGAGGUUCAUUGUCCGAGAUAGUUCGACGUGGAAGCCGAGUACGACCUGGUGUGGCCAAUCGACGGACGGGAUUAAGCGACGUCUUCGACCAGGAUGGCGAAUAACGACGAAAUCCAACGUCGCGUGCUGGCACGUCUACGCGCUGAGAACCAGAGCCUGUUCGACGAACUGCUGGAAAGAGAAGAGCGUACAAUGCGCGCUGAGCGAUGCCGCAUUGUUGCGCUCCCGACGACACGACGAAUGCGCCUGGGAUGGUAUCAGCGUUAUCUGCUGUCCAUCCAGAUUCCAAUGGCGCCGAUCGCCGUGGGCUGGCGGUGUCCAACGUGCCGACGACCGACGUACGCAGCACAAGCGUGCGUGAGAGGAGCUGACGCGAUCCUGGCGUCCCACCUGACGCUUGUCGAACGAGUGCGCCGAGCGGAAGCAACGUUGGAGGAGUUGCUGCCGUUGGCGGAGCGGUUGAAUCGUGCACUCGCGUUUGUGCAACGUAACCCACCGCGGACGUUACUCCCAAAAAUUCCGAGAGCCCGAGCGUUAGAGAACGCUCGAGUUCUUGCCCGGGAGCUGCGAGCCAACCCCACUGUGCCAUCGCGGAGCCGAGCUGGAUGCUGGAACUGCGGGAUGCCGCACAACAUGGUGAUGUGUCCCCACCCUCGAGGCACGUUCUGCCAACGCUGCGGAGAGAUCGGCGUUUACUUCGAGGAGCGCCGCCGGUGCCAGCCCGAGUGCCCAAUCGACGGUCCCCGACGCCAUUAG